UGAGGAAUGUGUUGCACUCAACUAGCGGGUUAAAUAAAUAAUGUAGGGGUCAGACGCGAGGCUCGGACAACAUAAACUUGCUCACUUUUAGCCAAUUAGCGCUAACGCUCGCCGGCACCGUCUCUCCUGCUAGCCGGCUAGCUCUGAGGCCAAGUCGGAGAGCGACUCGCAAGUACCACUCUCCGGUGACAAGACAACAUUGUGCUCCCUGACGCAAAUGCAGCAGCCUUCGCGCUGGGCGAAGCUGCCAUCUCUUUGGCUGGACUUUUAGCAGUCGACUGACAUGGUGAAGUUACGUAGGGAGCGUAGCUGUGGGCGGAUCUGCGGUAGCAGUAGCUAACCAGGCAGGCUAGCAAUGACGGAUAGGAUUAUUCCUGCCGGGGUCGGGAUUCUGAGCCACCAGACAUGAUUUUAUGGAGACCACCAUACAAGUAAGAGCCUCUGGGUCUGAGCUGAUUUGUCAGCCUUGUGUAGGUUUGGUUUUCACCCCCCAAGUGUCCUCUGGACAUAAGCUGACAAUGGUGGUCUGAACACAGGAAACACAGGGAAAAGCCUGGCACAGUGUUUUCACUCUAACACAGCAAGGCACGACGAAAAGAGGAGCUGAGACGGGAAAAGAGAAAAGAAAAAGCAAAAUUUAAACACAAAAUGUCUCAAAACAGAGAACUGGUGGUUUUCUACAUAAAGUAUAAACUCUCCCAGAGAAACUAUCCUCUCAACCACAUGGGACUCAGUGAGCCUCUGAACAGGACUGAUGGGGGGGGGGCUGGGUUGGGUGAGGAACAGCGGACAGCGACACACGCCAACGGAACUUUUAACAGCAUGAGUAGUGGGACCCCCCCAGCAUCCCCGCUGAGGCAGCAACGGUUGCCUUCAACGACGAGCCUGGACGCGGUGAAAGAAGCCCUCCGGGACUCGGCCAACGAGUUUGAGCUGCGAUACGCCCGCGCCUUCAGUGAUCUGCACAACCAGCUGCAUAUCACGCCAGCAACAGCUUACCAAAGCUUUGAGAAUGUGAUGGAUGAAGUGUUCCGGGACGGCGUCAACUGGGGUCGCAUCAUAGGGCUUUUUGCAUUCGGCGGGGCGCUGUGUGUCGAGUGUGUGGAGAAGGAGAUGAGUCCGCUGGUGGACAGAAUCGUAGAGUGGAUGACAGUCUAUCUGGACAACCACAUUCAGCCCUGGAUCCAGAGUCAAGGAGGAUGGGAGCACUUUGCUGAAAUCUUCGGGCAGGACGCAGCGGCAGAGAGCAGGAGGUCUCAGGAGAGUUUCAAGAAGUGGCUGCUGGCGGGGAUGACCCUGGUGACCGGGGUCGUGGUGGGCUCACUGAUUGCCCAAAAGCGCCUGUGAGAGGAGCUAGACGACAACCCUCCUAACACUCUUCUCUCGUGACCCUCACCACCUGCCUCCUUCACUACCCUCAAUGUGUACACACCAUAGAAGUUCAAAUGAAGGUCCUCGUCAGAACUGCUGAUGUUUACUUUUUUUUUUUGCUCCCCCUCACACAUCCCACAGUGGACUGAUAAUCCUCACAUGUUGUUGGACUCAUGAGGAAAAAACAGAGAAGAGGAAGAGUUACUAGUAUUCAUGUUCUGACCCUGAUGAAAAAUGCGUGGUUCUGCAGAGACAGGCAUAUUAUUCUUUCAUUCACUGAACCGAUUGUUCCUUCUGUUCCUUUUUCUCCGCUGGUUCCUGUAUCAUUUUUCUCUUUGUAUAUAUGUAUUAGUUUUAACAAAUUUUUGUUUCCCAUUUUCACCCUCAAUAGAGGCUUAAACUGAUUCCAGUCUUCACAGUUAACCCAAGCCUGUCUGAUAUAAAGAGUCAGUGUGUUGUGCCACCUGGGCUGCUCUGCAUAUCUCGUCUUGAAGCUUGUUUUGUUGCAUGUCCCCCACAGACAGCUCUACAAUAGCUUUGUAUGUGCCAUAAGGAUGAAAGCAGGGAAGGAUGUAGCACGUGCCCCUGAACAGCGUCUGUAGUUCCCAUUUCCUGCCAGCCAUCCUGAUCACCAACACAUACAGUAUAACAUCAUAAUCCAUGACUCCAUACACUGAUUGUUUUGUCUUGCCCUGUCCUUCAUGCGUAUAGGUUUUGAACGGUAAAUGAAAGGUGUCAAACAGAUUUUAGUAAACAGAACAUGGGAAUCUUAAACUAAAAACCUAAUGGGAAACUAAAUCCUCUGCUUGUUUGUGUGUUUUGGUGCAUUUGGUUUUGGAUUUGUGAACCAUUAAAACCCCACUGCUCCCGCU